CUCCGCAAACUUGCUCCGAAUCCGCGGCAGGAACUUUUGCUGCCGCUUCGGCUGUUCAGAAAAACUGCGCGUGUUCUGUGAGCCCGACCUUUUCAUGCUUCACAAAUAAACAGAGGAUCAACCCGGGAGGAAAUGUUUAGCUGGAGAGAGUUGUUGCAGUUCCUGUGUUUGUCUCCAGGACUGUGAGAUGUGUUGACUGCAGAGCUGACAAUGACCCUGGAAACAGAAGGGGAAUUCUUAUAAAUCACAAAGGAAAAUAAAUAACUUCACUCAUGGAGGGAAAGAGACAGCUUGAGAAAAGGGACUUUGGAAAAAGGCUGUCUCUAGAUAGCAGUCUUGUGGAAUACAUGGACUCCAACAAAUACAUUGAACAUCUGCUGACUCAACUUGAGGAACAACACAGAAGUCUCUGGAGGGAGAAGUUGGCUGUGGCCCGACUGCAGAGAGAAGUUGCCCAAAGAAGAAGUGAGGGGGCCAUGCAUGAGAAGCUGAUACAUGAAUUGGAAGAGGAGAGACACUUACGUCUUCAGAGUGAGAAGCGCUUGCAGGAGGUGACAGUGGAGUCCGAGAGGAACAGAAUUCAGAUGCGUGGCCUGCAGCAGCAGUUCUCCAGGAUGGAAGAAACAGUACGAAAUCUCCUGCAGAGUCAAGGACCUCCAGAACAGAAGAAAGAAGACACUGUUAAUAUAAUGGUCUAUCAGGAAAAACUGUCAGAGGAAGAGAGAAAACACAAGGAAGCUUUGGAAGACCGUCACAUGGUGGUAGAUGAGGAUUCAAGGAGUGAAGGCAGCAGUGCAGAUGAGGGGAAAGAAAAGACCAAAUUGCUGUUAGAAAGAUUGAAGGCUCUAGAGGCAGAGAAUUCAGCGUUGGCUUUGGAAAAUGAAAAUCAAAGGGAACAGUAUGAGAGGUGUCUUGAUGAGGUAGCCAACCAAGUUGUGCAAGCUCUGCUCACUCAAAAGGAUCUAAGGGAGGAAUGUGUAAAGUUGAAAACAAGAGUGUUUGAUUUGGAACAACAGAAUCGAACGCUAAGCAUCCUUUUCCAGCAGCGAGUCAGACCAACUUCUGAUCUGCUCCUCCAGAAACUUCACUCCCGCAUCUUAGAUCUUUCAACCGGGGAUUUGCUCUCAGAUGUGGAAAGAAGCCGGAGUCUGACGCACUCACGAACUGAUGUUGAAAUGCACGAGUGCCAGCUGAACACAAAAUCAGGAACCCCUGCUUUGAAGCGCCCUGGCCUGGGGGUUGCCAUCCAUGGUCAUCUCUGUCCUCGAAGCAGCUGUAGCAGCAGCGAGCUGUCUCUCUCGAGCACCUGCAGCGAAUACUCCAGCGGCUCCUCCUACACGUGGCAUGACGGGAAGAACCUCAGGAAAAGGCAGUCAUCACAAAAUUGGGACAAAAGGUUAAGUAUUGACUCUUCACUCCCGAGUGGCUUUGCUAGUCCCACAGAUGAACUACCUCCAACUCGCAUCAAGGAAAGCCACAUUUUGGAAGGACUCAGAAAGCUCCAGAAGCGAAAAGUGUUACUUGAACCCCCAUCAGUGAUAACCAAAUGGGGUUAUAAAGAUUGCAUGAACUCCAAUGAAGGAAUCUAUUCGCCAGGAAUUAAAAGUAGCAGCCUCAAGGAAUAUCCCCCCUGCAAACCCACGGACACGGGGAGCCCCUGCAAGGAGCCCCACAAGGCAUUUGUUUAUGACACAGAUUCUCACGACGAUGCCGAAGAGGACCCUUCCUCCUUAGCCUCGCUCCAGGCAGUUCCACACCAGGACUGCAGGCUGCACGGUUGUAAACUAACCCACAGUGCUUCUGACAGUCUCUUUGGCUGGGAGCUGAAUGGCAAACACUGUUCAGAAAUCCCUUCCUCGGUCUACCCCUGGGAAAGGCCUGAGAAGCUGACCAGCUGUGCUAGCAACCGUCCCUCGGAGCGGAAGCUGUGCCCAAGUGUGCAGGGGCCUCAGGUACAGAGAGAGAGGGACCCGCCCAGCCAGGGCUGCCUGGCUGUCAAUCUCCAUCUCUCAGACACGGAUGACACCGAAACCCUGGAUGAGCUGCACAUAGAGAGCAGCGAUGAGAAAAGCCCUUCAGACGUGUCUUUGACCGUGGACGCCGACAAGGCCGUGGAGAACCUGGACGUCCGCGUGGGAUUUGGAAGAUCUCAGCGUGGGUCUCCUGAGGAGGAAGAAAAGCAAGUGCCCGUCCACUUCGAGAGCAGGCCAAAGACGUUCAGUUUCAUUAAGCAGCAAAGGGUUGUAAAACGGACUUCCUCAGAAGAAUGUAUUACUGUCAUAUUUGACGCAGACGGUGGCGAGCCCAUCGAGUUCAGCUCUCACCAGACUGGCCUGGUCACGGUUACCAGAAAGGAGAUUUCCAUCCAUCAGGCCCCUGCUGGGCCCCAGACAGAACACACUGAACUUCUACCUCAGGGAAUGGCUCAUGUACAGCCAGGGGCCGCUGCUAGAGACUUGGCUUUCUUGAAGAGAUCUGAAGAGGAAGCCGAGAGAAACAUUCCAAGAGAAGACGAAGAUGAUGUUGCCGUGACACCCACUGAAUCCUCCCACCCCAGGACGGUGACGCAAAACACUCAGCGACAAAGGCUGACCAAACCAACACACGCUGCGUCGUGCCAGAGUCAUUCUAGGUCCUCUGUGGCCACGGGCAUCUAUCAGAAGAAAAGCCUGACAAAAAUACCUACCAGGGGCAAGUCUUCACCUCAGAAAUCGAGGAUAAUGGAGCCUGAAGCCUCCCUCACGGUCCCCUUAGCUGGCCCAGUGACUCUUGAGAGGUCACCAGCUCCAGGGAGACUCUCACGGUUCAAGAAGCCUGAAGGCCCAGAGCCCCUCUUUGCUUUACCGCCGGAUUCACACAUUCCAAAACCCUCCUCCACCCAGCUCCCUCACGGCUCCAAAGUGUUCAGCAGAAGGGACUGGGUCCAGUACUCCAGGAGUCAGAUUCCAGCGGCACAGCUGCUGCCAAGGCCCCCCGCCGAGCCGAGUGACGAUGGCGAGCCCCCCACGAGGGAUAAACCCUGUGAGCCGGGGCCGGAGGCCGGGCUGAGACCGCCCUCCCUGCCGUCCCCUCCAGGCAGGUCGGUCUCCCUACUCGCCAGGCCCAGUUACGACUAUCUGUCGCCACCUGCAUGGGCCAAGCCGGAAAGCGGGGUCCCCAGUGACGCAGCAAGGGCAGUGUUGCAAUCCCCCCCUCUGAAAGGAUUCUCCGCUCCUGUUAUUUAUUUUAAUCAGACCGUGACGGAAGUGCAGGGGAAGAAACCUUCUGUGGCCUUCAAAAAGCCCGUCUUCACUCCCCCUCCGCCCUCCACAGAAACAGCCAUCCACACCAGGUGCCCUGCUCACAGCCCCUCCAGCUCGUUUGCUGGGAUGGCCCCAGGGCCCCCAAAGGUCUCUCCAAAGAGAAGUGUCCCCAGAACCCCACCUCACCAAACACUUGGGACCACACAAACGGACGUAGGGUUACGGACCCCCAAGAAUUGUCCUGCUACCCAGGAGCCACUGGAAAUACCGUCUUCCAAAGGUGUGUCUGCAGCAAGAAAAGGACAGUUGAAUGACAGUGUCUCCACAUCCCCCAAGCCUUCCUUCUUAGGGGUAAGUGAGUCACCAUCGUCUCAGGUUAGCAGUCCCUCAUCAGCAGCAUCCUCCAAAAGCCAUAGCACCCCGCACGGUUGUCAAAACCCUCACGAGAGAGGACUGAAAACUCGCCUCCCCGUUGGGCUCAAAGUCUUCAUGAAGUCUCCCCAGUUGCUCAGGAAAAGUUCUACAGUGCCAGGGAAACAUGAAAAAGACAGCCUAAACGAAGCCUCGAAAAGUUCCGCGGCUGUGAGCAAGGAUAAGCUGGGGACCUCCAGGAACGCGAGCAGCCUUGAGACCACAGGAGGUGAAAGAAAUGUGUCUCCACUGGGUUUACGAGCACAGGAGAGUCUGGCCGAAGGGCUUCCCCUGGAAACAGCAAUGCCAGAGUCAUUGGAAGAUAGCACGCCUGGGGCUGAUGGAAAAGAUGCGGUAGAAAACAAGUCUGUGAAGAGAUCCCUGUCCUCCAGCAAGCCGCUCCUAAAACCAGCUCUAGGCAUGAACGGAGCCAAAGCCCGCAGCCAGAGUUUCAGCGCUCACUCAGGGGACAAGCCCCCCACGGCCUCCGUGGAAGGGCCAGGCAAGGUCCGGACUCAGAUUAUUACCAACACAGCUGAGAGGGGCAACUCCCUCACCCGGCAGAGCUCCUCCACGGAAGGCUCUCCCAGCAAGACCGCGUCUACCCCCAUGUCUGACGGUCUCCCCGGUGCUGGGAGGCCCCUGGGGCAUCCUUCCUCCAGGCAGGGCUCCCUGGGGAGUACAGGCAGCUCCAGCAGCCAGCACGGGAGUCCAAGCAAGUUGCCUUUGAGGAUCCUUCCAAAAUCCGAAGGGCCCCUCGCACCACCCGGCACAGAAGAGCAGCAGGCCUACACCCAGGGAGAAGGCGCCAGGGUGACUGCACCAGAGGAAGCAGGCAGCGACCACAGCAGGUGCCCAUCCACCCCAAAGGACGGCCCAGGAACCCCUCAGAGUCCCGGGAGGACACGGCAGCCCAGCAGUUUUGAAACCAGCAGGACCUCCAAGCUAGAAACUUCUGGAAGGUAUCCAGACACGUCUACAACCAGGACCGGUGUUGUGAGCCCAGAAGCCCCCCUCUCACCCACAAUCGAAGAAAAGGUCAUGUUGUGCAUUCAGGAAAAUGUGGAAAAGGGCCAAGUGCAAACAAAGUCCACCUCUGUGGACGCGAAGCCGAAGCCCGGGCCUUCUUUUGCCAGCUGGUUCGGUUUUCGGAGGAACAGACUGCCAGCUCUCAGUAGCAGGAAGAUGGAUGUCUCCAAAACCAAAGCAGAAAAGAAAGAUGCAAAAGGUUUGGGGUUUGGAAACAAACAGCUAAAAUCAGAGAGAAAAAAAGAGAAAAAGAAGCCUGAGCUACAAUGCGAGAUGGAAAAUGAACUUAACAGGGACAUCGAGCUGGCAGAUGGUCCAGACAGUGGUUUACAAAACAGAAAUAACCUGAAAACACCGCCAGACAUUUAUGACCAAGUGAAGUUUGUAUCGAGAAGUAGACCCAGCCCUGUUCCAUGUUCAACGAAAGAUACCUUUAUGACGGAACUUCUGAACAGAGUUGAUAAGAAAGCAGCUCAACAGACUGAAAGUGGAUCAAAUAACGUUUCCUGCAGGAGCGUGUUAAAGGGCAGCUCCCAGGGCUCCUGUGUCACCAGCAGCUCUGUCAGCACUCAAGGAACCCACAAGAAGAACAUCAAAACCAAAGCAGAUGUGGAAAUACCGAAAGGCUCCCUGAUAAAAGAGGCAAAUGAACACUUGCAAGAGGAUGAAGAAGAUACAGUUGCAGAUUCUGCAUUUCAGAGCCAUACCAUAGAAACGAACUGCCAGAUGAGGACACUGGACAGUGGGAUUGGAACCUUCCCACUCCCAGACUCAGGAAAUCGCUCAACAGGACGGUACCUAUGCCAAGCAGACUCCCCCGAGGACACUGAGCCCCUCCUGUCUCUCCAGCCAGCCCUCGCAGCUUCCUCCAUAAGAGCCCAGACCCUUGAACGAGAAGUGCCUUCCUCUGCAGGCGGCCGGGGAUCUGCAGACAACACCAUUCUUCAUUCCACGUCCGACCCCAUCAUGACCGCCAGAGGGGUGCAACCUCUUCAAAGUCGCCUCCCCAAGCCAGCCUCCUCAGGAAAAAUCAAUUCCCAAAUGCAGAGUGAAGCCAAGCCAAGGCCUCAGACUUGUUCAUCAUUCAAAUAUGCUGAAAACACAACGGCAGUGGACAGCAAGCCACUUCUAGCCUGGGGGGGUGACAGCGCUACUGCGGAGACCCAGAAAUUGAAACAAGUUGAAGAAACAAGAGAAGAUCCUGAGACUAGAUUAUGUAAAAUUUCCCUGGAGUCAUUCAAUAAAUACAACGGCAAUACUGUGAUCUUAUUAGAAAAAGAGACGAACUCUCUGAACAAGGUUGAAGGACAAAAGGAAGAAAAAGAAAAAACUGAAGAGGCCUCUUUGAGUAACUCUGAUAGGCCUGGGGUAGACAAUUUGGAAUCUUUGAGUGAUUCUUUAUAUGAUAGCUUCUCUUCCUGUGCAAGUCAGGGUUCAAAUGAUGUGUAAAGGACUUUUUUUCCCCUUAGUGAGCUGGAAAUGGAGCACUUAAGAAACAGGGCUGGGAAGCGGGGCAGGUAGAGAUGGCAACAAAUAAACUAUUGCAGUACCAGGGCCGACACUGUCAGAUUCACAGCCAGCAGCCCACUGGAGCUUACUUCCCUGACA